AGGGACGGAAACCAAGAGAACCAACAGGCUUAGCUGCGUGUGAGGCGCGUAUUUCUGCUCAGUGCUUCAUUGCAUUGUUCUGUCCUCUCGGGGUCUCCGCGGUUUGCACCAACGGGAGCCACUGUUUCUGCACUCCUGGGGUUUUCUUACAUGCCUGUUUUCCUCAAAAUGAGUGGCAGUAUCACCUUAAGAUCUUUUGGCAGAUUUUUGGUGCCAUUUACCAUUCAUAAGAAGAGAAGGGUUUUAUGUUCAACAACUCUACGGAGAUACAUGUCUUCAAAAAUACCAACUGUACCCUAUCCUAAGAAGGAGAGUACAUCACCUCCUGAACAGCUGGGAUUGGAUGGGUGGAAAAUUACAAUGAAAUCUAGUGUGCAAGAAGAAGAUGCUUCAGCAGUCUCAAGUAGCAAGGAUGAAGAUCCUCUAGUUGCCAUCAGGGAGUUAAUUGAGAUGUGGAGAUUGCUUGGCAAAGAAGUACCAGAACACAUCAGUGAAGAAGAACUCAAAACUGCUAUGGAAUGUGUUUCUAAGUCAUCAAAAAAAAAAUACUUAAAAUAUUUAUAUAUUAAGGAAAAAAUGAAAAAAGCUAAGCAAAUAAAAAAGGAAAUGAAAGCAGCAUCAAAGGAAAAAGCCAAAAAAGACCAGUUGCUAGAAACCCCUAAGGAAGACAAACAGCAAAACUUUCUAUUUCUACGACUUUGGGAUAGGAAUAUGGACAUUGCCAUGGGCUGGAAAGGUGUUCAGGCCAUGCAGUUUGGGCAACCUUUGGUUUUUGACAUGGAUUAUGAAAAUUAUAUGAAACCAAAGGAACUUCAGAAUACUAUUUCUCAACUUUUAGAAAGUGAAGGAUGGAACAGAAGAGAUGUUGAUCCUUUUCAUAUUUAUUUCUGCAAUCUUAAAAGAGAAGGUGCUUAUCAUAAAGAGUUAGUUAAACGUUAUGGAGAAAAAUGGGACAAAUUGCUCUUAACAGCAACAGAAAAGUCUCAUGUAGAUUUAUUCCCAAAGGAUAGUAUUAUAUAUUUAACUGCAGAUUCUCCCAAUGUUAUGACUACUUUCAAACAUGAUAAGAUUUACAUUGUGGGAUCUUUUGUUGAUAAGGCUAUGCAGACAGGCACAUCCCUAGCCAAGGCAAAACGGCUGAAGCUGGCAACAGAGUGCCUUCCAUUAGAUAGGUAUUUACAGUGGGACACUGGUACCAAAAAUCUCACCUUAGAUCAGAUGAUGCGUAUUUUGUUAUGCCUGAAAAACACUGGUAGUUGGGAAGAGGCUCUGAAGUUUGUUCCUAGGAGAAAACAUACUGGUUAUCUGGAAAUUUCUCAGCAUUCUCAAGACCUCGUCCACAAAUUAAAGAAGUCAAAGACUUUUAAUUCAUUCCCAAAGGGCUCUCUAAAUAUACUCACACAGAAGAAGUGGCUUGAAUGAGAACAUUUGAUAACUUAAAAAAUAAGUUGUCACAAUAUGUAUGCCUUUUACUGUGAUGUAUGUCAAUUAUUUCUCCAUAAAAUUGGAAGGAAAAAAGCA